UGUAGAGCAUGGUGGGUGUCAGAGAGCGAUCUCUCCUGUCAUGUGUCUCGUUAUCCUCUUGUGUAGUCACAGCGUGUGUAACGCCUGUCUGCAGGAAUACUGGAGACAUAAGGGAUCUCGGGAAUGUCUAGUGUGCCGGAAAAGUAGUGCUAUCCUCCCUGUAACCUGGCCAUAAAGAACCUGUGCAAGGCCUUCCUUCAGGAGAGAAGUCAGAAAGCUGAAGUCAUUGCUGGGUCUGGUGUGUUCUGCAGUCUGCACAGGGAGGAGAAACUCACAUUCUUCUGACUGGAAGAUAAACAGCUCUGAAUUGUUAGAUAUACUGCACUGUUGGAGCUAGAAACACAAGCAUUUCACUAUAACCGCAAUAACAUCUGCUAAAAAUCUGUAUGUGACAAAUAAAAUGUGAUUUGGUGUGUCAGACCUCGAACAAAAAUCAAGAUCACAACUGCUGCCUGACAGAUUAAGCUGCACUGGAUUGUAAGGAGACAGUCAAGACUGCACUGGAGCCCCUAAAGAAGAAGCUGAAGGCCUUUGUGGAAGUGAAACAGACCUGCGAUAAAACAGCCGUGCAUAUUAAGACCCAGACCCAGCAGACGGAGAAGCAGAUUAAGGAGGAGUUUGAGAAGCUUCACCAGUUCCUU